AUGCUCGGUCGAGUCCACGCGCGCUGCUUCAGGGCGUCCGCGCCGCGCGCCGGCGGAGCACACAAUCCCGAGUGGCUCGCCCCCGACCACAACACGUGGGCGACACACAUCAACCACCGCAUGUUUAUGCCGAUCGUUUACAUGUACAUGUGCCCCGUCGCGCUCGUGCUUUCACCAUCGAUGCUGGCGAUGCCACUGGACUUGGCGAUGGGUGUCCUCAUCCCGGUGCACGCCCACUGCAAUGCCAACAUGAUCAUCUCCGACUACGCACACUGGAUCACCAAGGCCAAGUGGUUUGACACCGCGCUGCGCAUGGCGCUCGUGCCCGUGACAGGCACUCUCACCCGCCUAACCUUCCUUGGCCUUCUCAACCUCAACCUGCGCGGCCCGGGGCUGACCGAGUCGGUCAAGGCGCUCUGGCGAAAGCCGGCCGAGCCGUGA